UAUCCAAUGCAUGUGUACUUCGGAAACUUCUGAUCUCAGGAUUGUUUCAGGAAAAAGAAAAUUUUGCAGCUUUAUUCUGUGCAAACCAUUUCAAGUUUUGGACUUUCUUUUUCUGGAAGCUUCAAAUCGUAUAGUUGUGUCUGAAUUCUCAAAUUCCAAUGCAAAAUCAUAUAGUUCUUGGAAUGCUUUUGCGCCAUCUUCAUUCUUCUCCGUGGAUAAUGAUUUAGGCAUAAAUAGGAAUGGCUAGUCUUGGAUAUGUGUGGUAAUAAGACUAACUACUAGAGUUUUGUUUGUGAAUUGUGAAUGAUUUACUUCAUCAGAAUUUGGUGAGAUCCCAUCUUCAGCAUAAAUAUGGUACACAGCACAUAUGAAUCCAGGGGAAGAUAGCCAAUGUAUAGCAUGAGAAGUUAAUUAGGGUCAUCAAUUCUCUUCAACUCCAGCAUUUCUCUGCAUCUUUACAGCUGGUGUUAUGUAAUAUGAACACUUGGAGGUUCGUAGGGGGGAAGCAAUUUGAAUUAAGUAUGGGUUUCUCAAGGGCCUGUAGCGUAUGACCCUUGCAGAAUAAGCAAAAUCCAUAUGUCCAACCGAGAAGAAAAAGUGUCGCAGUCUAAUUUGACUUCUUCAAAUGCGUGCCAUUUUGCAUGAUGAUCAUACGUUCCAUUUGGUGUUUGGUGGUUGGAGGUUUCUAGGCCUUGUCUCCACGUUCAUAUAGUGGAUUUCAUCAUACUCAUCAAUUACUGGACCCAAAGAGCAUUCUCAAAUAUCUCCUACUUUAGUAAUAUUCCGACUCUUCAAAGCCAUGGUUGUAUUACCAUCUUCAAAAAGGCAUUUUUUGUGGGGGAGCAGAGGAAAGAGGCCACAAAGAACUUACAAAAGAGAGAGAUGCAACGAAACAACUCCAUCUCCACUUGCAUUUCUCAUUAUCAGCAUAUUUCUACAAUCAGCAUGUCAUCCUCAAACCCUCCCUUUUUUUAGAAGCUUAUACACUUAUUGCUCUGAUUCUUUGAUGACCUAAAUGAUUUACAGGGAUGGCAACCAAAUUCCAAUAUGCAAUAAACCCAUUAGCUACUGCUUCAAACAACUCACUUGCUGUAAAUCAAAACAGCGACUGGGGAUACUCCCGAGAAACUGGUGCAAGGGGGCAAUCAGAGGAAAGUGCUCUGCAUCAUUUUAAGCACUCUAUGGAUCAUGAGAUGUUCGAUUUACAGAAGAUAGAGUCCAUCAAGAAGACAAUGCUAUUGCAUGAAGAUAUCUUUCAAAGACAGGUAAGAGAGCUUCACCGGCUGUAUAAUCUCCAAAUGAAGUUGAUGUAUGAGCUAAAGAAAGAGAUGACGUAUAAACAAGGUCCGUUAGCAGGAAAGGAUCCUAGCAGUUCUCAAUUUUUAAUUUGCCAAAAACAAAUGCAAGAUAUCAGGUCCAAUCUCCCUGUACAUGGAUUGACAUAUGGUUCAGCAGAAAGGAGUGCUAGCAGUUGCGGGGAGAGCCUGAGAAUGCCAAAACUAUUCAACCUCGAAAGGGUUGCUGAGGAAGGUCCCUCAACUAGCAUUCAGCCCACUGAACAGGAUCAACAAAGGCCUAAUAGGUACGGGCUUUCAACGAGUAAUAAGGCAAGCAUGGAUGGAUCAGAUGAAGAAAUAGAUGUGGAGCUGACUCUCAGCAUUGGGUGUAGCAAGAGUAAAAAGAGAUCGAACAGCCGGAAUAAUCCAUGCAGCCUAGAAUUAGGGGGGUCAGAUUCGAAUUAUAGUGGCAAAGAGCUCUGUUCUGCUGCAAUUGUAAAAACAGAGAAAAGGGAAGAUUCUGAUGACCCCAGCCCUGCUUUAAGCAGUUCGAGUGCCACACCGAACCAAAAUACUAAUGCAACAACAUCCCAUUGGCUUUUCCAAGAUCUGAGUUUGAACAGAACAUAAUAUUUUGCUUAUUGUUCUGUCACAUUUUGUUUAACACUUAGUUAGAAUCCUAGGAACAGCUCUUGAAACUGAAUCUUCACCUGAUCAAAAUACUUGCAAUAAAAAAGACCAUUGACACUCAAA